UAUACAUGCAGGUGGUUGCUGGGCAUUUGCGGCAGCGGCAGCAGUGGAGGGGCUGAACAAGAUAAAAACCGGCAAGCUGCUCUCUCUCUCGGAACAAGAGCUCCUCGACUGCGAUAGGGUAAACGCCGGCUGCAAGGCGGCCUCAUGGGACCGGCGUACGAUUUCAUCAAGAAAAAUGGCCUCGCCAGCGAAAUAUCUUAUCCCUAUAACGGCUUAAACUUAAAGCAUGGUGUCUGCAACAGAAGCAAAUCCGCCGGAGCUGCGUCGGCCAAAAUCUCCGGGUACAUUGCAACCACCGGCGAGGAGAAUCUGUUAGAGGCGGUGGCGAGGCAGCCGGUGUCGGUGGGCAUCAAAGGCUCGGGACAGGACUUCCAACUAUACUACGGAGGAAUCUUCGACUAUGAUUUAGAUAUGAGGGGUGAUGGCUGCCGGGGCGUGCACGGGCGGGAUGACCUGGACCAUGCUGUGGCGGUGGUCGGGUACGGAACUGAUGAGAAUAGCAAUACGAAAUAUUGGCUGAUCAAGAACUCAUGGGGUGAAGCAUGGGGUGAGGCUGGGUUUAUGAAGAUCAAAAGGAAUCCUGAUGGCCCUUAUGGCUCGCUGGGAAUGUGUGGACUUGCUAUAGACGUUUCUUAUCCAAUUCUCUAAUUCAUCUAUAUGUCCUCUACAUCUUAAAGCACUUUUAUAAUUCCCUAUUUCAUAAUUACUGUACUUCAUAUGGAUUUUGUCAUAUACAUGAUGAAGCUACUUCAAUUCGAUCUCUUUACUCAACUUUUAUUUUUUUGCCCGAGUCUUCCUGUAUUUCAUCAUAAUUUAGGC